AUUGCCCAGCCGUGCUUGCAGUGGAGGAGUGCAGGCGUGGUAAAGGCACGACCGUCUUGCCCAUACCCUCUUCUCCCUUCUUACCUCUCCAUCCUCGACUCUCGGGAUAACCCCUCAGGCCCGCGCGAUUUGAAGUCGCCUUCCUGAGCAUCUUCGGAAUUUCGCAAAGUGGAUUCUAAACUCGAUAUAACGCACAGACUUGGGUGAGAGGAAUCCAAGAUGCAGGAGUGUAAUGGAGUGGAUAAUGGUUUCAUCAAUGAUGAAGACCUGAAGGCCAUGCUGAAAGGCAGCAACCUGCAGAAGAUCAAAUCCAGCACAUGGAAGAAACCCCGUUUUUACAAGCUGCUCGAAGACUGUCGGACAGUGUGGUACGACUCACAGAAAUUCCUGAAGUCGGCCAGGGCCCAAAUCUUCACCAUCGAUGACAUUCAGGAACUGCGGCCUGGCCACCAGUCUGAGGGCAUGCAGAGGUUCGCCAUGGAAAUUCCAGCUGCCCGCUGCUUCAGCAUCAUCUUCAAGAGCAGGAGGAAGAACCUUGACCUCAUUGCCAUUGACGCAAAGGAAGCCAAACAUUGGAUCAAUGGCCUCAACAAGCUCAAGAAGAGAGACUCGAAAAUGAACAACAGAGAGUGGCUGGACCAAUGGUUCCAGAUUUAUCUCCAAAAGGCAGACAUUAACAAGGACAAUAAAAUGAAUCUGGAUGAAGUGAAACAAUUUCUGCACAUGAUGAACAUUGAGGUGGAUGAUUUGUAUGCGAGGGAUCUGUUCACGAAAUGUGACAAGUCGAAAGAUGGCACCAUUCAUGGCAAAGAGAUCGAAGAGUUUUACAAACUGGUGACAGAGCGUGAAGAGAUCACCACCAUCUUCGACGCCUACAGCGACAAGCAUCACGUCAUGACUGUGGAGAAGCUGGCCGAGUUCCUACGGAAGGAGCAGAGGGAAAAUGUGAACCAGGAAUACGCUGUACAGCUCAUUCAAAAGUACGAACUGAAUGAGGAAGCAAAGUUUGAAUCCCUCAUGACCAAGGAUGGUUUUAUGUGCUACCUGAUGUCACCAGCCGGCGACAUUUUCAACCAGGACCACAAGAAGAUUUAUCAGAAUAUGACUAAACCGCUCAAUCAAUAUUACAUUUCAUCCUCCCACAACACCUACUUGACAAAGGACCAGCUUGAAGGACCCAGCAGCAUUGAGGCCUACAUCAGUGCCUUGAAUAAAGGCUGCCGCUGUGUGGAAUUGGACUGCUGGGACGGGCGUGAUGGGGAGCCAGUCAUUUAUCACGGCUACACCCUAACCUCAAAAAUCCUCUUCAAAGACGUCAUCCAAACCAUAAAGCAAUACGCCUUUAAGGCCUCUCCCUAUCCCCUCAUCCUGUCCCUGGAGAAUCACUGCAGUUUAGAGCAGCAGAUUGUCAUGGCCGAACACAUGAGAAACAUCCUCGGAGACAUGCUGCUCACCAGCACAAUUGAUGGCAAAGUCCCUACCAACUUCCCCUCGCCUGAGCAACUGAAGGGAAAGAUCCUGGUGAAGGGAAAGAGGCUGAAUCACCUAGAGGAUGACAAGGGGACGGGUGAGGAUGAUGAGGUUUCUGAUGAGGACGAGGCAGCUGAACAGGACAGUGAUGAUGAGAAAAAGGAAAUAAGAGUAAAGAGUGGGAAGAUAAAGUUGGCCAAAGAACUCUCGGACCUUGUCAUCUACUGCAAGAGUGUCCACUUCAACGGGUUUGAAGAUGCCAUGCAAAACCAGGUCUUCUACGAGAUGUCAUCCUUUGUAGAAAACAAGUUCAAUAAACUGAUACAGGAAACAGCCAAGCCAUUUAUUCAACUCAACACCCGUCAGCUGAGCAGGAUUUACCCAGCGGGUUUAAGAACAGACUCCUCCAACUACUCUCCACUUGAUAUGUGGAAUGCCGGCUGUCAGAUUGUGGCCCUAAACUUCCAGACCCCAGGGCAGGAGAUGGACAUCAACCAGGGGAAAUUUUUGGAUAAUGGUUUCUCUGGUUAUAAUCUGAAGCCAAAGUUCUUGAGGGAAAAGAAGAUAAGCUUCGAUCCAAAGAACGUUCAAAAGGGUGCUUGGCUAAACCAAAAGAAGCUCCAUGUGAUGGUUAUCUCUGCCCAGCAGCUUCCAAAGUCGAACAGGAUGAAGUUUAAUUCGGUAGUGGAUCCUCUUGUGGCGGUGGAGGUCUUUGGGGUCAGCAACGACAAUGAGUCUAAAAUAACAGAACAUAUUCCCAACAAUGGGUUCAACCCCAUGUGGAAUACAACUUUCCAGUUUAACAUUUCCGUCCCUGAACUGGCCUUUGUUCGAUUUGUGGUCCAGGACUAUGACAUGUCCUCCAGGAAUGAUUUCAUUGGACAGUUCACACUGCCCUUCACAAGCCUGAAACUAGGCUAUCGACACAUCCACCUACUAUCAGAGAAUGGACAUCACCUUGCCCCCGCAACACUGUUUGUUCACAUUAUGAUCGAGUAAAUCUUCACAACCUCUUCCAACUAAACCCCGACGUUCAGACUGAAUCAGACAAUCCCUGAACUGAGUCGGGGUGAGGAGAGUGGUGGUGGGGAGGGUGGGGGAUGAGAG